AGCAGUUCUCCGAGUGCCUGCGGGAGAAGCGCAUUGACGUGGACGCUUCCCCGGGUGGGCCGUCGACCAUCGCUUAGCGCCGCUUCGCACGCUCCGUCCAGCGCGCAGGAGGAAAGGGAUCUCCGAGCCGAAGCCGGCCAUGUCUGAUCCAGCUCAGCAACCAGGGACGGGGCAAGAAGGGGAAGAAAAUGCUGGAGGCCCCCCUGGAGCACCCCCAAAUUUGACCAGCAAUCGCCGCCUGCAACAGACCCAAGCGCAGGUGGAAGAAGUGGUGGAUAUUAUGCGUGUGAAUGUGGACAAAGUCUUGGAGCGAGACCAGAAGCUAUCGGAAUUAGAUGAAAGAGCAGAUGCGCUCCAAGCUGGUGCUCAAGUAUUCGAAAGCAGUGCAGCAGCGCUCAAGAGAAAGUAUUGGUGGAAGAACUGUAAGAUGAUGAUCAUGCUGGGAGUGAUCUGUGCCAUUGUGGUCAUCGCAAUUGCACUCUACUUUUUUACCUGAGAAUGUGGUCCCUCCCCCCUCCCUCCCCAGUCUGCAGCCUCCUUUCCCUAUCUCCCUUUCCAGUCCCAGAUGUUCCUCCUCCUCCCUCCUCCUCCUCCUUUCCUUUCCUUUCCUUUCCUUUCUCCCUUCAUUCUGGCUUAGUCAUCAGUUUUCCUUUGGGUUCUGUUUGCCUUCCAUACGAGACUUUAACACACUGUUUCCAGAUUUGAGUUGAUUCCCCCUUCACAGCUGCUGCAGCAGCCUCUGAGCAGGGCCACCUCGCCUUGGAGGGUGGCAGUGGGACGAGAGGAGGAAAUGUGUGGGGUGGUUGAGUGACGCUCGCAGGUUUGAAGCC